GAAGACUUUCUCCAUCAACAGAACGUUUCUCACGAUCUGUUGAUUAUCAUUUCUCUCCAUUUGAUCUCUACGAGUUAUCAUCACCGUAGGGAUUUAUUUCUUUCAAAAUGCCUAUCUCCAACGGUGAUUCCCUGGGCCGCGCCAUGAAGGCCGAGAUCCAGGACCACACCAAGGCUCUCGAAAUUCUGGAGAAGGAAUAUUCCUCCAGAGAUGGCCUUGAUAUUGACACCUUGCUCGAUUCGGACAAGCACGGAGCAUUGACUUACAAUGACUUCCUGAUCUUGCCUGGUUAUAUCGGCUUUCCUGCUUCGGAUGUCUCUUUGGAUACCGCGGUCACCAAGCGUAUCUCCUUAAAGGCCCCUCUCCUCUCCUCCCCUAUGGAUACCGUCACAGAACACAACAUGGCUAUCCACAUGGCUCUCCUGGGUGGUCUAGGUAUAAUCCACCACAACUGCUCUCCCGAGGACCAGGCGGAGAUGGUGAAGAAGGUGAAGCGUUAUGAGAACGGCUUCAUUCUGGACCCCGUUGUACUUUCUCCUACGGCUACUGUCGGAGAAGCUAAGGAGCUGAAGACCAGAUGGGGCUUCGGUGGCUUCCCUGUUACUGCAAACGGAACGCUCCGGUCCAAGCUUGUUGGAAUGGUCACCUCCCGGGACAUCCAAUUCCACCCAAACCUCGAUGACCCGGUCACUGCUAUCAUGUCGACUGACCUCGUCACCGCCCCUGCUGGCACUACUUUGGCUGAGGCCAACGAAGUCCUUCGUUCUUCGAAGAAAGGAAAGCUCCCAAUCGUGGAUAGGGAUGGUAACCUGGUCUCGUUGCUGUCUCGUAGCGAUUUGAUGAAGAACCUUCACUACCCUCUGGCCUCAAAGCUCCCUCAGUCCAAGCAGCUUAUUUGCGCUGCUGCUAUCGGCACCCGUGAAGAAGAUAAGCGCAGACUUAAGCUGCUUGCUGACGCCGGCCUUGACAUUGUUGUUCUCGACAGCAGUCAGGGCAACAGCAUGUACCAGAUCGAGAUGAUCAAGUACAUCAAGAAGACCCACCCUGACAUAGAUGUUAUUGCUGGUAACGUCGUAACCCGGGAGCAAGCUGCACCUUUGAUUGCAGCCGGUGCCGAUGGCCUGAGAAUUGGCAUGGGCAGCGGCAGUGCUUGCAUUACCCAGGAGGUCAUGGCUGUCGGUCGUCCCCAGGCUCUCUCUGUCCGCAGCGUUUCUGCUUUCGCUGCCCGCUUCGGUGUUCCUUGCAUCGCUGACGGCGGUGUUCAGAACGUUGGUCAUAUCGUCAAGGGUCUUGCCAUGGGUGCCUCGACCGUUAUGAUGGGCGGUCUCCUUGCCGGUACCACCGAAUCUCCCGGUGAGUACUUUGUCAGCAACGAGGGACAGCUUGUCAAGGCCUACCGUGGUAUGGGCAGUAUUGCCGCCAUGGAGGACAGGAAGGCUGGCGCCGGUGCCAAGGACAGCAAAGCUAGUAAUGCCGGUACUGCUCGGUACUUCUCUGAGAAGGACAGCGUCCUGGUCGCUCAGGGUGUUGCGGGCUCUGUCCUCGACCGUGGCUCCGUCACCAAGUUCGUCCCCUACCUUGUUGCCGGUGUGCAGCACUCUCUGCAGGACAUUGGCGUGAAGAGUCUUGAACUUCUUCACGAGGGUGUUAACAACGGCACCGUCCGUUUCGAAAUGAGAAGCGCUAGUGCCAUGGCUGAGGGUAACGUCCACGGUCUGCACAGCUACGACAAGAAGCUCUACUCUUAAGUAGCGAUGGCGCACGUCUAAUGUUUUCAUUAUGAGCUUUUCCUGAAAUUUAGGAUAUAUUCACACGAUGACACAUGGCUUGCAUGAGAAUAAAAAUGAAAUGGAAAAAGUAUGGGUAUGAGGUUUUGGAGUUUGACGCGUGGAUAUACAGAUAUUUGCUUUCUUGUUAUUCAAGAUAUUCAUUGGCCAAUUCAUUUUGAAAUGGACUAUUCCGUGCUCCAUGUUUAUGAAUCAUUUACAUAAUGCUUUGAA